AUGAUCAGCAAUAUUGGGACGUCAUCAUCAAAGAAACUGUCGACAAUUUACGAGAGAAAUAAGUCAGCAACAGUUAACACUGUAUCGGAAAGCCCGAAAGAGCAGGUACAGCGGGUAGACGUAAGUCGAUUUAGCAGAUGGAAGACGAAAGUCGGUUUAGCAGGUUGCUUACCUAAAGCAAUUCGUUUUAUAAAAAAUAUUCGUAGCAAACAAAGAAACUCCACGGAUUGGGAGGAUUACAAGAAAUCUGAAUUACUUUUACUGCAACAAGCACAAACAAAAAGUAUCAGUGACGAAGAGAAAUGGAAAUGGGAACUUGGCAGAGAUGAAAAUCAAAUUUGGAGGUGCAAUGGACGAGCCUUGCAAACCCAACUACCGCGCGAAACUAGAUGUCCGAUUCAUCUGCAGCGAACAAAUUAUAUAACGAAACUUAUCAUUCAAUAUUAACA